AUGGUCCAGAUAUACAACAGACACACCCACACACACAAACACACGCCACCAUUACUAACAACAAAAUCCAAGAACUGUAAAUUAUACUACAAGCGGGGUUUUCAAAAGAGAUCUCCAGCUGUCUCGCACAUCGCAUCUACGUCAUCGUCAUCAUCUACGUCAUCCUUGUGCGUGGAACUGCUGACGAACAUAACGUGUCAACACUAUUUCAAAGAAUGUGGACCCCACAAUAAUAAUAAUAAUAACAAUAAUAAUAAUAAUAAUAAUAACAACCACAAUAAUAAUAAUAAUAACUUCAUUUUUCACCAAUCGGUCCAUUUUCAAUUUUGCCGAGAAACGUGUGAGGCCUUGGAUAGAUCCAUCUGCCGGUUGGAGUUUCGGCUAUUAAAGGACGAAUUCAAUAUAGAUUGCUCGAGUCUGUCAAGAAGCGACAACAUGAACGCUGGCCGAUGUUUCAUUCCGGAUCAUUCUAUCUUAAAAGUGUCCGCACCGGAAACAUGUUACAGACAAAGUGGGAUAACUUACAAAGGAUUUGCGAGGUCCUCUAUCACAAACAGGAUCUGCCAGCACUGGAACGAUCCGGAGAUCGCCAACAGUCAUUACUUCGACUAUUCAUCUAUCGGUAAUCAUAAUUUUUGCCGAAAUCCCAACAAAGAGUUGAUAGGCCCUUGGUGUUUCGUUUACAAUAAAGUUAUGGGAACCUAUGUUAAAGAACUUUGUGACGUACCAUCUUGCGAAGAACCCAUCCUGUCAGAAAACGCAACUGUGGCGUUGAUUAUAACCCUAUGCUUCAUCAUGCCCAUCCUAAUUUGCCUCUUAAUUUUUGCCAUCCGUAAAUGUUGCUGGAACAAACCAACCCAAACUGGCAAGCGUCUAGUUAAGCACACCAACUCCAUCGGCGAGUGUUUCAUCCAGAAGAAUGAUGACUCUGCCCCAUCAAGUCACAACAGUGCCGCUGAUAAUAGCUCAUCCGCCGUACGCAAACUUCCUCCCGAUUUGCCCAUUAGUAAGAUCCGGAUUCUACAGGAUUUGGGAAUGGGAAGGUACGGAAAUAUGUACGUCGGAGAACUUGCAGGUACGAACGGAAUUUCAACUUUGGUGAACGUGCGAACGCUGAGAGAGAACAGUGGAGUUGAAGAGGUAAACCAGUUCAAACAUGAAGUUCUCUUCCUCCACGACUUAAAACACCCAAACAUCAUGCGGCUUUUUUACGCUAACUUCACUCAGAAGCCCAUGAGUAUGAUGUUUGAGUGGGUAUCCGCUCUGAAUUUGUACGAAUACCUGCAAACCCAGCUGGCGACGAGUUGUGACAGUGACGUAGGCAGUGACAGUGACGUCACCAGCACAUUUGAAUCCAACCAACUGCACAUCUGCAGCGAGGUGGCGAAAGGGGUGGAGGAGUUGACCCGCAAAGGUUGGGUCCACAGGGAUAUCUCUGCCAGGAACGUUCAACUCACGGAAAAUCUAUCCGUCGUAAAAAUUUCAAUGCUCGAUAAUGCCAAACAUUUUUAUCCAAAUUGCUACGGGGUAGUUCCAGGUUUCUGUGACCUUCAACCUGUAAGAUGGAUGGCUCCUGAAGUCGUUCAAUCCCACCAGUGGUCCUUCCAGAGCGAUGUUUGGUCGUUUGGCUGCCUCAUGUGGGAAGUCUUCAGCUCAGGAAUCAAACCUUACGUCGGCCACAGCGAUCAGGAUGUUGUCUCGUUCGUCAUAAGAGGUCACGUGUUAGCCAUGCCGGACAAAUGCCCCCCCGUCAUUUACGAGUUGAUGAAAGAUUGCUGGAAGAUGAACCCCGUCCAAAGGGUAGAGAUCAAAUCACUCUGCAAGUCACUCAUACAGUUUCGCCAGUCUUUCAAUAAUUUCCAGCACUACUUGAAGCCGAAGAGCCUCGGUUCGCAACAUAUCGAGUCAUCGGUUGAAUAUUUUGUCGAUGGGCCCAACGCUUACUACCACAAACAAGAGGGACCGCCCCACAAUGGGCCCUCCCAUAAUGGACCUCCCCACAACGCACCUACCCACAAUGAUGUCAAUAAAAUGAUAACUCGAUAGAGUUAUUUGACAAGCCCGUGUAUUUUACACAAGAUAUUAAUCUAUUUUUGGUUACAUAUUGUUGACGCUCGUAUGUAUUCUAUAUCAGUCGCUUGCAUGUUUGUGUAUCAAUAAAUCGAUGCUCGUUUAUUUUAUUUGUUUAUUCAUUGAUAUAUUUAGUAAAUAUUGUUUUAAUUUAUUUAUAAUAGCUAUUUAUUUAUCAGUCGAAACAUUGUUUAAUAAAGAUACGCUUUGGAAUGACGAGAUGUCAAACGUUUAUUGCCAAAGUAUUGUUUGCACACACACACACACACACACACACACACGCCACACACACACACACACACACGCCACACACACACACACACACACGCCACACACACACACACACAUGUAUAUAUACGAAUAUUUAUUGACAAUUAUCUACAAAUUGCUUGUUGCAGAUAGGUAUAUUGAUAUAGAACUUUCACUUCGUUAAGCAUUUUCUGAUGAGGUAAAAUUUGUUAUACUAGGUAUUGAGAUUAUGAUAAUGAGAUUGUGUGUCUUUGUGUGUGUGCUUGUUUGUUUGUGUGUGUGUGUGUGUAGGUGUGCUUGUUUGUUUGUGUGUAUAUAUUCGUAUGUAAAAUGUAUAAAUAUGCGUUGAAUAUUUCACUGAAAUUUCAUUUAUUUUGCCUAUAAAAUUAUUACCCUUAUUUCGUCCAAAUUUAUCAAAAAAAUAUUAUUUCAAAUAAAUAAACAAAUAAUAAAUAAGUUUUAUAUCAGUUGAAUAGUUUUAAUUGGUUAAAAUAUUGAAUUAAUAUGAAUAAGGUCCUUGCAUC